UCAAUUCUUGAAUGACUACUGAAGAAACUUAUCCGUAUUUUGUUUAAUGUAUUGUUAUUAAAAAAUAAUUUAAUAAACAACGCGUAUCUGAAAGAAAUUACCGCAAUGGAAGCGGUUUCUUCAAAUGAUCCAAUGCGUACAGCGUUGAAAAUGCUUAUUCGGCAUUCAAAUGCUACUUUUAGCGCGGACGAUGUGCUGAGAGAAUUUCGUACGACAAAGGAGAAGCGUUCCAAUCGAAAGUUAUUGAAAAUAUUAGAAAUAAUUUCAAAAAAUCAACCACAAGCGGAAGAACAUUUGCUGGAAGCAGCCAAGUUACUGGAGAAAAAAGACCCAUUCUAUUGUUUGCUCAGUUUUUUGAAUCAUUAUUCUGAGACAAACAUCAUGCAGUCAAUGCGGAAAAAGGAUAUAUCUACAUCAACCCCAUUAUUGAGCAAAAAAAUGUUUGAAACAGUUACUCCAGACAGUGUAUCUGACAUCAAAGAGCGGGUGGUGCAAGCAGCUACUGGAGGGCUAACACGUACGGGACAAAAUAGUUCUAUGACAAAUGUGGUCGGGGGACAUUCUGCAAGUUCCUUGCAUUUUACUACAUGUAACAAACAACGAACUGAUACACCGUGGGACUACCAUACAAUUGAUAACCUUCAAUUUCAACAAAGCAAUAUCAGUGCGAUACCAAUUAGUAGCCAAGAGACGUUACUCUUAUACGAUCUUAUAUACUGUUUAACAGGCAUGCAUGGUUCAUACAUAACACCAGAAGAGAGUGUAACCAGUGGACACAACGGUGGUCUUAAAUUCAAGAUAUCUGAUCAGAUCCACAGUUCACUAAGAGACAUCGCACAAGAGAUGCUCCCUCUAGCCUCUUAUUAUACAUGUGUAGAACAAUUCAUACAAAACGCGAGCUUCACAGACUGUGGCCAAGUACUACAAGCUUUGAGUGAAGCGCUAAGAACUAUAUUACACGAUUAUUAUUUGCUCUUGGCUCAGUUGGAAUCAGAGUUGAAUGCCGGUAAUUUAACGGUCCAUAAAAUGCUAUUUUAUGUACGACCCACUCUAAAUACAAUGGAAGUUUUGGCAGGUGCAGUAUCGGACAUUUUGGUGAACGAAUUACGUGGUGGGCAAGUUUUAACACUUCUCUUUAAUAAAAUCAGCGCUUUGACUGGUGAUGAGGAAUCACAAAAGUUUGUCAUACAAUUAACACAAUUAGCGGCGGUGCCUUACAUGGAAAUUUUGCAGCUGUGGGUGCAAAAAGGUGUUAUUUGCGAUCCGCAGCAAGAAUUUUUAGUCGAAGACAAUGAAGUUAUUCGCCGUGAAGAGUUACCUGAACAUUAUUCAGCGGAUUACUGGGAGAAGCGGUACACAAUACGUCGUGAACGUAUCCCAUGUUUCCUUGAAAAAGUUUCAGAUAUAAUAUUAUGUACUGGCAAGUACUUGAAUGUUAUCCGCCAGUGUGGCAAAAAAGUGACACCGCCUCAAUCAAUGAAUUUGCAAUUUUCACCCACAAAUCAAAAUUACAUUAAUGUCAUUCAAAAUGCAUAUCGAUUCGCUUCAAAGAAUCUCUUAGAAGUGUUGCUCAAGGAAAAUGAUUUGAUGGGACACCUCAUGUCUGUCAAACGCUAUUUAUUGUUACAUCAAGGUGAUUUUAUCACACAGUUUAUGGAUGCAUGUGAGGAUGAGCUUACUAAAAAUGUUGAUAAAGUAUUGCCAAUGACGUUGGAAAACUUGCUCGGACUCACAUUACGUUUAUCGUCUGCUAAACAUGACCCGUAUAAAGAUGAUGUUCACUGUGAACUGUUAACUUACGAUCUAGUAACUCAAAUGUCGAAAAUUAUGAAUAACGAAGAGGAGUAUUGGCAAUCGCACGAUCGACUGGAUUUAAAUGGUUUGGAAUGCUUUGCCUUUAGAUACGAAGUGAAAUGGCCUGUUUCUUUGGUGUUGAAUCAUAUAGCAAUUUCCAAAUAUCAAAUGCUUUUCAGACAGCUUUUUUAUUGCAAACAUGUUGAACGACAAUUGUGCAAAAUUUGGAAGGAAAAUUCUAUAGCCAAGAAAUUUUCACCACAAGCAGCAGAACUCUAUCGUUCCGCAUUUACUUUACGCCAGCGUAUGAUGAAUGCCGUACAAAAUCUUGAAUAUUACAUGAUGAUUGAAGUUAUCGAACCUAAUUGGCAUAUCUUCAUACAGAAUAUGAAUAAGAUUGAAAAUGUAGAUGAAGUGCUUUCAUUUCAUCAAGACUUUCUGGAUUCCUGCUUGAAGAAUUGCAUGCUGACCGAUACAACGUUGUUGAAUCGUUCAAUUUUCAAGUUGUGCAACAUUUGCCUAAAGUUCUGUGAAUUCAUACAGAAAUCCCAACGUUUUUUUCUUGACGCUGAGCUCAAGUCAAUGGUCUGCGACAGUAACGAUGAGGAAAAUUCUGAUUCGGAGGUUGAUUUUUCGAGUCAGAAGCAGUCCGAGUCAUCUUUGGCACCAAACGACACUUUUUCGGAACGCGUAAAACGUUUUGAUCUUGAAUUCACCGGAUUAUUAAUUGGACUCUUAAAACAGAUUAAUGAUGUGGCAUCGGACAACCCGUCGGAUCGUUUUAUUAACCUAGUGCAUCGCAUCAACUUCAAUUCAUUUUAUAAUCAGCAAAUGGACAAAUUAUGUGCCAAGGACUCGAUGAUGGCACACCAGUAAAUACAUAUAGAGUGAUUGCUCAAUCCAUUUCUGCAGUAUUUCCACAUAAUUAUUCUGUUUAGCAAUUAAAUAUUUUUUUUUGCAUAUCUUUCUUUAAUAUUUUACAAUAAGUAUUCAUGUUUGUUUGUUAACCAUUCCUGAAAUUUCGCAAGAACCUGUGUCAUUUAAAAUAAAUAAUACUCUUUCUUUGUUGAAAA